AUGACGGGCACCGCAGGUGCGGGGCAAGACGAGGACGACGACUGCCAGUUCGAGUACUUGGCGCCGUCGAAGGCCCAGGCAAAAAAGGGUGCGGGCGGCGACGCCCGGCGGUCGGGCAAGACGGUGUACGAGGAGGAGCGGGAUGCGCGCGUGAGGGCCAUUGUGCGUCAGCAGGGUCUGACGCUGCCGCCCCCGUCGGGGCAGGCGCGGGAGGCCUCGCCGCGGGCCACGGAGGCGGACGUGGAGGAUGAGGACGCCGCCGCGCAACGACGGGACACGGAGGGGCGGCAGGGCAGCAAGCCGGCGCUUAACCCCACGGAGGAGGCGCAGCGGCUUAAGAAUCAGCGCUACGCCAUUUACCGUCGCAACCGGUACUUGAAUCAGAACGCCCUGAAGGAGGUCGACCCUGGCACGAAGCGCUACAUGCAGAUUGUGUACACCCCCAGCAACCCGGCGGCGAGGCAGUAUCCUACGAUGCGACGCGGCGGCCACACCGGACCUUCGACAGGCGGAAGACAGUUUACGCCGCGAGGUCAAUCCGGGUUUAAGAGGCCGCGGGACUGA